AUGAACCUGGACAACCCCGGAAAUCAGCCCCAAAGGGCUCGCCCAACUCGGUUAUCGUCCACGAUCAUCAAAUUCCUCUGGGCGGGUCUGGUUCUAUUACUUGCCCUGCUUAUUAGUUUCAUCUACUCCUCUCGUCAAAGUCCCCUCUCUCCAGAUACGGACAGCUCAUCUGGGAGUGACAGCACUGCAUCUCCCACCCACAACUGCUUGCUCCCUAUUACCCGCUAUGACAUCUAUACCGGCCAAGUAGCAUGCUACCCAUCCUCGGGUGGCAUCUGGAUGGCCGAGCUAGGCCCGCUGGAGCUACAACACUUGAACAUCAACCGGUUCGAAUCCACCGAGCGAUCCUGGAACCAAGCAGACGAGGAUAAGUUCUGCGAUCAACUGCGGCCGUUCGGCGGAUCCUGGUAUACGCAGUCUGCAGACGACCUCUGGGUCGGAGGCGAAUGCCAUGAACUGCACGAGUUUGAGCCCGCCUUGUCGAUCCAUCGCCAGAUCGCAUUUCCGGAAAACGGCGGCGUAUGGGUUCUAGCGAUCGAGGGAGAUGCACUGUUUCCGCCUGGGAUGGCGACAGUCCGGAAUGCGCUCACUAUGGAAGAGCGUUGCAAGGCCCUCGAGAAACUGGGCGCUGUCUUUUGUGCGGAUUUGACGAAAUGUUCAGCCCUCCAGGAUCUAUCGCAGCAGCCAUCCCAACUGGUACGAAAGAAGAAGUUGGACGAUGCUCCAACUUGUGGUGGGGCCCUUUGA